GAACGAACUCAGAUACAUGAAUCAUUAUCAAUACUUGGUACCUUGAUUUCUUGUCUACCUAAUGAAUCUAAAGAGCUUUUAAUAUCGAAUAAUAUUAUUAUUUCAAAUCCAACUUCGAAACCUCCUUUGAUAAAUUAUAUAUCAUAUAUCAAAGUUCUUUCAAUUCACGCAUUAGAUCACAUCAUUGAAAAGGUGUUAAAACAUCAACGUUUUAAUGGCGACUUGCUUAUUUUAAAAUAUCAUAAAUUUCUGGUGUCACAAGAGUUAUUAAGAGCUUUCAUGUGUCAAAUUCCAUCAUUAAAAGUCCUGUAUAAUUAUGCGACAUUAGCUCCAAAUAUACAAUUUACUCUCUUCCCCGGGGCGAAGGAUUGUUUAACAAACCUAACAGUAUUUAGUUGUUAUUCAGAUAUUUGUCCGGAAUUUUUUUAUCAACUAGCUUCAAUAUGUCAAAGGAUACGGUCACUGACCAUAAAUUUUAGGAACAAUAUUUCAGAUGGAUUAAAAGAGUUGAUUUCUUUUCAAAAGAAUUUGAAAUAUUUGAAAUUAUCUGCUGGUAAAUGUGGAGAAAAAGGCUGGACGGAUAUCAUACCCGCGAUAACAAAGCAUCGUGAUACGUUAACAAGUCUUCAAAUAGAUGCGUUUCGUGUAGAGAUGCCAUUAUCAAUCGUUACCGUAUUCACAAAUUUACAAGAAUUGAUCAUUUCUUGCUUUAGAACUAGUCAAGUUUAUUCAAAGGUGUCAUAUGAAUUACAACGUGCGAAUUAUCCAAACUUGCGAAUUUUAAGAAUUCCUUUUCAAUGUCCAAGUACCGAGACUUUAACGAAACUUUUAGAGAUCAAUGGAAUGAACCUUUAUGAAUUGGAUUUAGGUGGGAUUGACAAUUCAUUAAAAUUAUCCAUAGCUCAACUUUGUCCAAAUCUUAAAAAGCUUAACAUGAUGUUUGAAAAUGAUGAAAUGGAUAUCUUUAAAAGUAUACUUGGUAGUUGUCAACAUUUAGAGGGUAUUAAAGUUUGGUGUGGUUGUCCUUAUCUAGAUGAAAGGGAAAUGUUUGAGGCUGUCGUAAAGUAUUCCCCAAAACGUUUUCAUGAAUUAAGGGUUUAUAGUAGAACAUUUCCCGAAGAUUUGGAAUCUUUCUUUUCAAGUUGGGGAAAUCGAACACCUCGAUUACCGUUAAUGAUGAUUAGUAAUAUUGGUAGUUUGGCAGAAAGUGAGGAGAAGAUCGAUAUUUGUAUGAAAACAACCAUUACAAAGUAUAAAAAGUUAGGAAUUAUCAAGAAAUUUGAAACCGAAGAAUUUGAAUAUGAAGAUUAUAUAUAA